AUUUCAGGUGUUGGCAGGAGCUGUUAUAGUGUGACCUACAGAGACAAAAGAGUCUGUGCUGUGGAAGGGUCUUCAGUGGAGUUUGCUGGAAAUUACUCACAUCCCAGUGAUCUGAGUGUUAGAGAAGUAUUCUGGCAUUAUAUUCAGAGUGGUAAAGACUCCAAGAACCUGAAGCAGGAAACACAGUUUACUAAUCGAGUUGAAUAUGUGAAACAAGACAAAAGCAGCACUUUGAAAAUGAAAAACCUGACAAAGAAAGACUCUGGAGAAUAUCAACUUAGAUUCCUUACUAAUGGUAAAGGAUUCUCUGCUGAACCUGGAGUGGUUCUGAAUGUUACAGAUCUGCAGGUAAGAGCGAGUCGCUCUGCAGUGGCAUCAGAAGGACAGACUACAGUAACGCUGAGCUGCAUCACCUCCUGCACUCUGUCUAACAACCCCACUUACAUGUGGUACAAGAACAGACAGCCUGUUACUGACAAACUCACCAAACACAACAAGCUCUACCUGAUCUCCAGUGAAGAUGCAGGAAACUACUCCUGUGCUGUGACAGGACGUGAGGAUCUCCGCUCUCCUGAACUAACUGUGACAUGUGAGCCACAAAACUCAGGUAGGUCGGGUUCAGUCUCAGCACUGCCUGAGAGCAGCUAUCAGUCUUCAACUGCUCAGCUUUAUGCUUGGAUUGGAUUUUGA